AUGAAUAGAGUUUGGCGUUUUCUCUUGCUUGACAUUGUUCGCCAUAGACUUAAUUUGCUUCGACAAAGACUAGACGAAAUGCCUGGAUAUAAUUAUUAUCUAUAUGCACAUGAUAACAAAACGGUUAAAACUGAUAAAAUAAAGUUCUUUACUAAUUUAUAUAAAGAUAUAGCUGACAUCAUUGAUCUGAUAAAACCUGAAAUUCAUGCAUCAAUAUUUAUCAGUAUUAUCUGCGGUUUACCAAAAUUGAUUUUCAAUGUUUAUCAUAUAUUAUUGGUGGUCGAGGACCGUGAACCUAUUGAAUCUAUUGGAUUUCUCAUUAUACAUAUAUGUCAAGUAUGUUUUCUUCUAUUUUCACCAUGUAUUGUGGUUGAGUUACAUUUGAUGGAAGUCGAAAAAAUUCGGACUAUCUUAAUCCACCACCUUAUAUGUGAGACAGAUCCAAAAACAAAAGAAGACAUAGAAAUAUUUCUUACCUACACAAACAUAAGGUCAUUCCAAAGUAAAAUAUGGCGGUUUAUACCAUUAAAUGUUUCACUACCAAUAGAGAUUGCCAAUGUAUGCUCAUCUACGAUUAUCGUCUUAAUUAACUUCACACAUUUAUACGGUUAG